AUGAAUGACUGGCAGAGGAAAAGCCCUCUAGACUGGGAAACGUACGUGAACAAACUGGUGAAAGUUGCUGCAGUUGAGAAACAUGAAUAUGAAGGAUGGGUCUUAACAGUUGAUCCAGUUUCUGCCAGUAUUGUCCUUGCAACAUUCCUGGAGAAUGAGAAAGUGUCCAUAUCAGUUGUCUUGGGCCAUGCUGUCCAGGAGGUUGAAAUACUGAAAGAAGGGGACGAUGAAACAAAGCAACGGCUUUCUUGCAUAUUUGCGCCUGAAGAAAGCAAAGCCUACAGCCCAGAGGAACAUGAAAAGAGGAAGAACGACUUGAAGACUUGGCUAGAAACGAACCACAUCCCCGUCAUGGAGCAAGGUGAAUCGGGAAGAACGCUAUGCGUGGCGGGGGUAUUGACUAUUGACCCACCCUACGGCCCAGAAGAGUGCAGCAGCUCCAAUGAGAUUAUUCUGUCUCGGGUUCAAGGUUUGAUACAGGGCUAUCUUGAAAAGCAACAGUGA